AUUUUCUUCAGUAGAGGUCAAGCAUCAGGCAAGUGUUAUUCAACGUUUCGGUAUUGGGAACACAAUAACAAACGAAGGUACACAAACUAAUUAUAAUGGGCGAUCAACCGAAGAAGAAGAAGGAACCGGUCCCGGUGGAGAAAACGGCCGAUCCAAUUAUCUCCCAGAUUGGUGACUUUAGGCGUUAUCAGUUCUGGUUUUGCAUGCUGAUAUUUUUAAGUAAAUUUGGCACGGGCUGGCACACACUAGCACACAUAUUUUUGGCAGCUCCCACGCCCCUCAGUUGCGCAACAGCAAACGUGACAGAUGCGUGCAGCGACGACUGCGAUGAGAUCGAAUUUGACACCAGCGUAUUCGAGACCACCAUCGUCACAGAAUGGAAUCUGACCUGUAAAAAAUCUAGUUUGUCCAGCAUGUCACAAUCCAUUGUUAUGGCUGGCAUUAUGUUUGGUAGUAUUGUCUUUGGCAUGAUCGCAGAUCGUUGUGGUCGUCGUCCUGCGUUUUUGGGCUGCUGCUUCAUGCAGCUAGGCGCUGGUUUGAUCGUCUGUCUGUCCCCGUAUUUUUGGUUCUACUGUCUCUUCAGAUUUCUGACGGCUUUUGCCACAGGCGGCACCAUGACAACCAGCUUUGUGCUCAUCAUGGAAAUAAUAGGACCGAAGAAACGCGAACUAGUUGCAAUUCUGUAUCAGAUACCGUUCAACGUUGGCCACGCCUCCCUGGCGAUAUUUGCCUACUUUAUACGCACCUGGCGCUGGUUUCAGUUCGCCGUGACAAUAUUUUCGGUCGUGUUCGUGAUCUACAUAUUCCUGGUGCCCGAGUCCCCACGCUGGUUGUUUACGACAGGACGUGUGGAUGAUUCCAUAAAGAUAUUGGAAAAGAUAGCUAAAAGAAACAAUGCGCCUACCGAAACUAUCCGUGCAGAGAUAGAGGCCGGCUAUAAAGUGUUAGCUGCCAAGACGCCUACAAAAAAGGGUAACGUGAUCGAUCUUUUUCGAACGCCCUUUUUGCGUACGAAGACCUUUUGCAUGCUCGUUAUCUGGUUGGUGAUUUGCAUGGUCUACUAUGGCACCGCCCAGUAUAUAUCCAAGCUGGGCGGCAAUAUAUUCCUUAACAAUCUCAUCGCCGCUGGGCUAGGCAUACCCGGAACCCUGCUCUGUGUGGUCUUGACCAAGUAUUUGGGUCGCAAGAUAACAAUGAUGCUGUCCAAUGCGCUUAGUGCCAUUGGCCUGUUAGCUUUGGUGUUUCUGACUAGUUUUGAUAUGCGGAUUCAGGUGGCCUGCGCCACACUAGGACUAUUUGGUGCGUCGAUAUCAUUUCCCAAUGUGUAUCUAUGGGGCGGAGAGAUAUUCCCGACUGUGGUGCGCUCGAAUGGUUUGGGCCUGUGCUCAAUGAUUGGCCGUAUUGGUAGUCUGCUAGCACCGCUCAUUUGUGAACUGUCACAGUUUAAGUUAUGGCUAACACCACUCAUAUUUGGUCUCUUCGCGGUAUCGGCCGUGAUUUCCAGCAUAUUUUUGCCAGAGACACGCGGCACUCCGUUACCGGAGACGUUGGAGGAUGGUGAAAGCUUUGGACGCAAGGCAAAGGAGUAACUGGAAAUUUGCGAAGUGCAGAAAACACAUUAUAGCAGUCUUAUACGCAGACCCAAGUAAGUAAGCAGUUCCAACCAAAGUCUAUCAUAGACCCAGCUCCUUUUGGCCAAAAAUACCAGCAGCAAAAUAUGUAACAAACAGUAGCAGGGAUGGAGGCGGUGUGGGGUACAAGCAGUAGGUACAUAGAUUAUUUCAAUUGCCUCUUCAACUUGCCUCUUCUUUGUUAAUUACAAGUUGUUCAAGCUAAAAUUGUGACGAGGACAUACUGCAGAAGCACUAGAAGUGGGACUAGUUGAGAGCUUUAUAAAAGUUUGAAGAAUUAAUCCCAUAUAUUCGUAUAUAGUUAUAAAUUUUAUCCUGCGACGAAUACCCUGCUAGGCAGUUAUGAGUAUACUAUUGGCUAUUUCUGAUACUUGAAGAAUGUAUUUUGUCUUUCAAAAGCUCGUUCAAUUGUAGAUAUUUAUAUCAUAUGUCUAUAUUAUUGGGUAUUUCUGACACAUUGAAAUACAUUCAUUAUUUUACAAAAGUUCGCUUAACUUUUUUAAGAUUGUUUGAGGAGUUAUAUACUUACAACCAUUUAAAUAAUAUUCCUAAGUAAACUAAUAGAUUUCACAAACAACUCUGCAAAUAGAAUCUUUUUUUAAAGACUUUAAAGCACUAACGAAGAGGGCUUAGCUCGUUAUUAUGUUUCUUUUCCAUUAUGUUCCAUUCAACAUUGUCAGAUUUCAUUAGUAGUUCGCGCUGUCAACAGAAGCUGUUAAAAUAUUCAAAAUAGUCUAGUAAAAAGAAUCGUACAGAUAAGUUGCUUGCGUAUUGACUAAGUGUGGAGAACGAGUUAAUAAUAAACUAAUAAAGCAUUUA